AUGACCCUCGCCGAGUUCAAGGAGUACGCGGACAAGCGCGCACCGUUCCCGUCCUCCACUGCUUCGGCGGGCUGCCCCGGCUCCGCAGCGGUCGGGGUGAGGCGCGGGCGCUCCGGCGGGGUUUCUUCUGUAGAUGCCGCGGACGUCGGGGGCGCUGACGGGGAAGGCGGGCGGGGCAGGGGGCGGGGCGGGGGCGGAUGCGGCUACGGCGGCGGCUACGGUUUCAGUUCUGGCGGCGGGAGCGCGGGAAGCGGGGGUGCAGGUACCCCGGCGGGCAGCUCACGGGGAGAGGAGUCGGAGGUCGCGCGGAGGGUGAGGAUGUUCUGGCGCUCGCUGGGGCCCAACUCGGAAGCACCCGUGUACGGGGCGGACACCUUGGGGACCCUGUUUGCGGGGGACGAUAACGACGCUUGGAACGUGGGCCGGCUGGACACUAUCCUCCAGCUGCUGAAGGCGAACUUGCCCGGAAUCACGACCCCGAUGCUCUACGCGGGAAUGUGGCGUAGCAUGUUCGCCUUCCACGUGGAAGACGUUAACCUCUACUCGAUUAACUACCUUCACAGGGGGGACCCCAAGUCCUGGUACGGCAUCCCCCCGGGUUCGAGACAGCGCCCCCACAGCGUGCGCAUAGACGUCGACCGGUUCGAGACCCUCGUUCGCCAGCACAGGAGAAUUGCAGGCAAGGAGUCCACCUGUCUCAACGGGCUAGCCGAAACCCCUGCGACGGUUGCACUGGCUUCGGCGGGCCGCGCUGCCGGAAAGGACAGCUCGAGUACCCCAGCCGAGGCGCGUUCAACAACGCAAUCAGCUGCACCUGCAUCAGAAGCAUUAGCAACAACAGUAGCAGCAGCAGGGGCUUCCCGGGCAGGCGGCGGCGGGAGCCAGGGGCACGAUGAUGACGAAGACGACUCCGACGAAGAUAGCGAGAGCGAGUGGAGGGAAGAGGUGGACAUGAAUAUCCAGGUGUUCCACUGCGUGUGCAGCCACAUCCGCACGGUGCGGCGGGUGCGGUGGGCGGAGGACGGCAGUUUCGUCGUAGCGCCCCCCGAAACACCCCCCUCUUCCUCCUCUUCCUCCUCUUCCUCCGCCACCGCGGUCCCAGCAUGGCCCGAUGAAGAAGACAUCGCGCCGUGUCCGCGGUGCGGAGUGUGGGGGCACAAAACUUGUUUGGAGUAUGUCGUCCCGUUGCAGUACGCUAUCCCGGAACCUGGCACGGGCUCCACCACGACGAGGGCGGAAAGUGGCAGCAGCAACCGGCCAGGAGCGACUGCCGCCUGCAAUGAACAAGAGAGGGACGGCACGCCCGCGCGGAUCGAAUUGCCCGAGACCUCGGCAGGAGUGGACAAGCUGGGCCCAAUACGCAGCACCAGCAACGCUGCUGAUGACGGUGCUGGUAUUGCUGCAGACCUAACAGCAACAGCAACAGCAGCAGCAGCAGCAGUAACAGGGGCCGAAAGCACUACUUCUCCCCCAACGACGGUAGUGUAUCGCCCCGUUUGCUGGAUGUGCAUGCAAGAGAAGGAGGAAGUCGCGGCUAUGUCUGUGGCGGCGGGGCCAAGCGGCGGGGGAGCGGCGGCGGCAGCUCCGCGACGCACAGGAAAUACUAGCGGCGGUGGUAGCAGCGGCGCAGCCGGCGGUGCCGGCGGUGGUGGAAGCGGCAACAGCAGCAGCAGCGGAGGAGUUAGCAGCGCCCAGAAUUCUACCGGCGGCGGCACCCGCGAGAAUCACAGCGGGGCGAAAAACAAUGUCGGGCCGAAAAAGAAGACUGUCGUCAAAGGUGAAGAGUUGAAAGCGAGGAAGAGGGUGCGCUCGUGCGACAGUGGUGGAGGCGGUGGCGGUGCUUGUUCAUCGACGAAGAAGGCAUCCGCAGGAGCGCGCGCGACACCGACUGAGGCAGUGCGAGCAUCCGCCGUCGAUUCUGCUGUACCGGGAGCGUUAAAACGGGCUCGCAUUGGGCCGAGAUUGAUAGGGAAAGAGGUGCUCGUGUCGGACGGGGUGGCGGUGGUGUUGACGGGAGUGGUGACGGCGAUCGAGGCCGGACAAGCACGUCUUCACUACAAAGGUCGGAAGGCGAAACUAGACGAGUGGAUCGACGUCCGCUCGGAGAGAUUCCUUUCUGCGACCGAGGCGAAGAAGCAGAUCGAACUCACUCAAUUGGCCAUGAACCCUUCUGCCGGCCGUGUCACCGGCCCUUCCGGUGGCCCUGCUGGAAAGAAAAGAAAGGCCGUGCCCGGCGGCAGCGGUAGCGAAAACAACGGCGGCGGAUCCGGUGGAAAGCGUGCGAAGAAAGGGGGCGACGGUGAUGGCGUCGAGAAGGCCAGGUACAAAAAGGACAGGGACAAGAAGCUCGGUGACGGCAAGGCUGGAACGGCCGGCGGGGAGAACAAGGCGGGCCCCAUGAAAGCCAAGACCAAGGCAGCGGGCGACGGGACAAACGCGAACGCCAACGGGAACCGGAAGAAGGACGGGAAGACGGUAGCAGCUAUCAGCAAUAAGCACCGUCGCGGCGAGAAGAUCGCGAGCGGGGCCAAGGAGGCGGCGGGAAAAAGCUCCUCCCCAAGUCGCAAAAGCAAGACGAAAACGGGCAAGAUGCGGGCGGUCGGGGGGUGCGAAACGGGCUCGAAAAGCAACCCGGGGCGCAAGAAAGCAGGGGAACCCGACAUCCGGAGCAACGGCUUAAGUAAGCUGAAGAGCGCCGGCGGCAAAUCUGGUCAAGCUAGAGCACUGGGUAAUGGGUGUUCCACCGGGAGAAGCAGUGGUGGCGGUACUACCAGCAGAAAAACCAAGCACCAUAGUGAUAAGAAGGUGACAAAGAAAAAGCCCAGAAUGGGCUUGUCCAUCAAGCCCACAAUUAUCCCCCCGCCUGUCGUUGUCCAGAGAGAAGUUCCCGAGCACCACGUGAUAUCCAACCGACGGGCAGCGGUACUCGCCCGGACUUUCGCCAAGGAGACCGAGGAGGCACGGAAAGAUUUCGAAGAGGCUGUUGCCGCCGCAGAGCGCUCGCGGGUUGCUCGUGAGCAGCGCCUGAAGACUUCCUCACCUCGAGUCCUCCCGCGUCCGCCAGCGUCUCAAGGCGCUCCUUCAUCCUAUUCUGCUAAAUCAGUCGGAGGUGGCGAUGGCAGCGCCAACGAUCCCACGGCCGCGGCUACCGCCGUGUCUUCAGGUCCAGGCCGCCGCUAUGUAUGGCCAGAUCUAGGUUUCGGUGGUCAGCCGUGGGGUCUGGGACCGUUCUACCGCGAAGAGGAAGCCGACGGGGGGGACUCGUCUGCGAGCCUCGAUCCCACAAUGGACAGGGAGCCGUCGCCGUCACCAUCGUGCGCCGCUUUCGCCCAAGGAGGGUCCAGCCACUCGAGAAAGCCAGGAGAGCAAGGCAAGCUUGAGCAUAUCGAUGCGCACGCACACGGGUGUGUGGCGGAGCUGGGGGAAACAUGGCAGGGCGAUGGGAGUGCCGCGAGAUCGCCAGUCGGGGCGGCAUCAGCGUCGGCGGCGAUUCCGACAAAACCGCCUCGAGCGCCAAAGGAAGUACGCCGGGCAAGGGUAUACGCCGGAGAGGCGGUUGACCUCGGGGAAGACGCGGCGUUCCGGAAAUGGCUCGGGCGACUCCGAGUUAUUCAGGAUAUACCGGUAGGCCACGUGGAGAAGUGCUCCCGUUCUUUGGCUGUGCUCCUCGGGACAUCGCCACCGGAUGGGUCGGUGAGGGCUUCCGUCCGGGCACUUCUUGUUGCCGAGACUCUGAGAGGUGGCGCCAGCCACGAGGUUGCGACUUUCGUACGGAGUCUCGCGGGUUUGAUGGCAGACGCCGCGUCGAAGGCAAGCCCUCCGAAGUCGGCGGCAUCCACACCAACUGUUGGAAACCCAGUGAUACCGUCGGGCGGUGAUAGCCAUGACAACGCGCGGUUUUCGCCUGGCAAGGAUCAAGUGUGUGUGGACACCUUGGAUUUGGAUGCCAAGAAACGCCACUGUGCGGUCGGAGACAACACCGACCCGGCAGCAGUGUCCAUCCGGGACAAGGAGGGGGCCGCUGCCUACGCCCAUGCUCUGACGUAUCUGGCGCGUUCGAAACGCAAGCAAGACAGGGCGGCGGCGCUAGCGAUACGAGAGAAAGAAGAGGCCGAGGCUGUGGCGGCGGCGGCUGCUGCAGCACUCGCGGAGGCCCAAAGCAGCAAGAAAGGCAAGAAGACCAAGAAAGCUGCGUGGGCGAUGAGGCGGCACCUCGAAGCGGUCGAAACGGCGCAGGUGGUUGUACUGCCAUCUUCCCAGGAGCCACCACCAGCGGUGGUGGGUAACCUUUUGGGCGGGUACCCGUUCUCGCGCUCGGGUGACUCGUUGCUGAUGCAUGCCAAGACAAUGGUCGGGCUCAAGCGCGCUCACCGUUGGGUGACUGCUUGGUUAAACGCGCCGUCAAACCCGCCUACGGGGGGUGCUCCAAGUGACGUCGGCAGAGACAAUAUAGUUAGCGCAAACACCUAUGCCAGCAGAAGCAGCAAGGAGAGGGCGGGUGCCGUGGAGAAUGGAGCUGACAUCAUCAAGCCCCCAAACAACACUGUCGACAGCAGCAGCAAGGAGAGGGAGGGUGCCGUCGAGAAAGGGACUGACGUCAUCAAGCCCCCGUCUGGGUGUGGUACAGGAGCGCGUGUUGGUCCAGUCGCUCAUCCUCCACCGCUGGUGGUUGCUUCUGCUCCUCCUGCGCCGGCUACCCAUCAUUCACUGCUCGCGACGACCGCCGCUUCUCGUGCGUCAGCCGCCCAUGCCUCGCCGCUCGUUGCUGCUGCUGCUGCUUCUGCUGCUGCUGCUUCUGCUGCUGCUGCCGCUGCUACACGCCGGCCUUGCUACAGUGCUGGCGCUCUGAUCGGGUGGCAACAUGCAUUUAUGCCUGGUCUACCGCCUGCUCUACCGCCACACGCGUCUCUGCGAGCUGCUGUUUUGUCGUCGGCCCCGGCCACGGCAGCGCCUCACUACCCUGCUGCUGAAACCAGUGGUGCUGUUGCGACGGCUACUGCUGCUGCUGCGACCGCUGCUGCUGCUGCGGCUGUUGGUGCCCUGCCCACAAUGCACCUCAGACCUUACAUGCAUGGCACACAUGGGGGGCUCAAUGCAGACUCGGCUGCUGCGUACCACAAUGCUUUGCUUUCAAUGUGGCCGCCAGCUGCCGCGGGUGGGGUGGGCUGGUCGACCCCGUCCAACGCACCAGCUACGAUGCCGGCUGCUCCGGCUCCUGCUCCUGCUCCUGUUCCUGUUCCUGUUCCUGCUCCCGCUCCCUCAGGAUCGCUUGGCGGUCCGCCGGUAGACUUGCUGGCGCGCUGGGAGAAGGUCGGAGCUGUUGCAGUCGCCCAGCCAGUACCAGGUGCGGGUGGCGACGAUGACGACGAGGAGGUGAUGGUUGACUGAGAGCGUCUGUACCAGUUUGCACAACGGCUAGGGGUUUUGUCUCUAACAUGAGAAUGCGCUCGGGCAGCGUUGACCCUUGUGGAGAAUGUCGCCGGGGCAGGUGCAGCAUCGCAGUGAUGAGGGACGGGGUUUGGGUUUGUCCAUAGAACGUGAUAUUGUAUCUUGUGUGCCGGACGUUUUGCGUGUGACUGGGAUGUUUAUAGUGUAUCUGACUAGUGUUUGUUCUAGUAUUGCCUCCAGCGAAGUUCUCCGUAAUUUCCCUCAGUCAACUCAGUGCGCCUGAGUUUGACGGUGCUGGGUCGUUUGGUUGCUCGCGGUUUGUCCUUCGUCCGUAUACUGAAGCCAGAGCUGCAGGAAGCCAUGCGUGGGUAGUUUGUGCCAGGAAUGGUAGAUUUUUUAAAUGUAGACAAGAGACUGAGUAUCACACUUCUUUAGCCCACGAAAAGCGUAUGACAGUAUGCGUGCUUGUCCAUAAAGGUGAGCCCAACUCCCAUCGAUUGACGUGUGGGAGAGUUGAAAGCAGUCUCGGUUGGGCGGGUUGAAGUCAAGUCGUUAUUAUUCGGCACAUAUAUAGCACACGAAGACUUCUCUGAGUGCGUGUAGUUGGCUUUAUAUGGAGCACCAGCGCACCCAAGGUCCGGGUCCCGUCCGCCUUCAACCGCUUGCGUGCCUUGUGCCCGUGUAUUCGGCUUUGCCAGCUGUCGCGUAUCUUCCCCGGUUUAGGGUUUCAACCGUAGAACGGUGCAUUUUGCUGCGUAAAUUAUUCCGAGCAAGGCUUUUGUAUCCCGCGCUCAUGCUUUUUGUAGGUGAUCGACACGACCGGACUGGAGGUUGAUUACAAGUCGCAACCCGAGAUUGGUGUUUGUGUCGUUUUUGAGGAGCAUGUAUUUUACGGGUCUGUAGCCAUAAGGCUGUGUUCCUGUUAAUUUGAGCAAUUCGUGCUUGGUAGUCGAAUGUAAAAGCGAUAGCGGCGCUCUGUGCCCGUCUCCCUUGGCCCUAGAGCAACGAGUUUGUUGCUACAUCUCGUGGAGGAGAUGCCGAUUCUACUUGGAAGGGUGGAGCCUUCUUCGGAGAUGCGACUUGUCAGGCAGGCCAUCUUUCUUCGAGUUUGGAUCAAGUUCUGUCCUUGGACCACCAAUAACCUGCGAUAGCGCUACGUAGUUGCUCGAACGAGGCGAGGCCGUAGCUUGACCCGAACAAGUGGGCAAGUCGGAGGUGGAGAUGGCGAAGCAGGCAGCAGGAGGUGCGAAACUCCCGCCGUUGUUGCCCUCCUUGGACAUAUGCAAUAUUGCACCAUUCUAGUCGUACCGCCAACUCAUUGUCGAGCCCCCGAGCAGAGCGGUGCGGGUGUUGUUCGUGACAG